GAUACUCUUAUGAUGAAAGUAUGGUUUUUUAUAAAAUAGCAAAAUUCUUGAUCCUGAAUUUACCACGCUAAAAUGUUUCGUAAUUUUUGACCGAUCAGCUACCGGUAGAUAACCUAAUCCUCCCUUUCCCUACUAAGCUAGAGAAACCGUAAGUGUGUACCUUCCCUAGGAAUAAACUUUCCAGAAAAAUAACCCCCGCAGAGAUUAUAAAAUCGUGCAUCCGACAGCUGAGUCUCCGUUAGAAGAUUCACCACCAUCCACUAGGCAUACCAACGAUGAUGGCGUUCACCACAAAAGUUUUUAUUCUCUGUGGACUCCUGGUUCUGACCAAUGCUCAGUUCGAAUCCUGGCAGGAGUACGAUGAAGCCGAUUCCGCCCCAUCCGAUGAAGGGCUAGUCAGAGGUUUUCGUCCUCCAUAUUAUCCGGUCAAGCCACAGCAAUCGAAUCCUGCUGCCAUCCCGAGUGCCGUCGUGCAACCGUCUGCGGUCGUCUUGGCCAGAUUACAGCACGCAAUCGAUCUGCAAAAUCGCGCCCUGGGGAGGUUGUUCGCACAAUCUUUCCGCGCGGACACACCGCCCCAGUUCCGGGAAGCCAUCGUCCAGCUGUACGUGCGCUGUCAACGGGAGCUGGAUCUGUGCGCCGAAUUCCUGUGGGAAAGUUUGCUGCUGCCGGAAUACCGACGUUGUGCCAACAUGAGCAGGAGGUCGGCCUGGCGCCAAAUUGUGGUACUGGCCGGGGACAUCCGGGCCCUGACAGCAGCGUCACCGUCGGUUCAAUUGGUUAAUGGAGGUGCACAACCAGCCAGUGUGAGUGGUUUGUGAAAUGCAAAUGAGUUUGAGUGAAC